AUGGCCGACUCGCACGCCGAGCAACUUCCCGUUGUGCUAUUCCACUACCCCUACUCGCCCUAUGCGAAACGGGUAGUUUGGUAUCUGCGCCUGCGCGGCAUCCCAUAUUUCCAAUGUCUUCAACCGCCCAUCAUGCCGCGCCCAGACAUUGCACAGCUGGGCAUCAAAUACCGCCGGAUCCCCAUUCUGUCCAUCGGCCGCGAUGUCUACCUCGACACGCGGCUAAUCAUCCAGAAGCUCGAGCUCCUGUACCCCGGCCGCCCCAAGCUGGGCGCCGCCGCCGGGACCGAGCACAAGGCCAUUGAGCGCCUGCUCGAAGCCUACGCCAUCGACGGCGGCCUGUUUGUCAGGGCCGCCCAGCUCCUGCCCACGGACCUGCCUCUGCUGCGGGACCCCAGGUUCCAAAAGGACCGCGCCGACUACUUCGGCGCCAAGGUGUCCCGGGAGGCGGCCGCGGCGCUGCGGCCCGAGGCCGUCAACGAGGUCAGGAAUUCCAUGGAACUCCUCGAGACAACUCUCCUGGCCGACGGCCGAGACUGGAUCCUCAAGACGGCGCAGCCCAGCCUCGCCGACAUCGAGGCCGUGUGGCCGCUGCACUGGCUCAACAGUCUCCCCGGAGCCCUCCCCGCCGACCAAGUCUCCGCGGAGCAGUUCCCGCGCGUCUUUGCGUGGAUCUCGCGCUUCCACAAGGCCACGAAGGAGCAGCCCGCGCCAGCCAUUCCCCCAAAGGCCGUGUCCGGGGAAGAGGCGCGCCGGCUCAUCCUCGAGUCCCCAUUCCACGAGCCAGAGAUGGACGUCGACUGCAGCGACCCCGCCGCGCAGUUCCACGGCCUCAGCAGGGGCCGGCAAGUGGAGUUGUGGCCCACAGACUCGGGCACGGCCCACAGAGAUACGGGCAGGCUCUCGGGGCUGGGCGACAAGGAGGUUGUCGUUGAGACAGACGCCGGAGUGCGGCUGCACGCCCCGAGGCACGGCUUCCGGCUUCGCCCUGCCGACCAGACGGCCUCUCUGUAG